UUUGGGGUUGGAAAAGAUGAGGAGAAAAGUGUAGGACCUUUGUUUCCAAGAUUACAUGUAAAUGAUACAGAGAAAGGAGGACCAAGGGCACCACCAAGGAACAAGAUGGCUUUAUAUGAACAACUUAGUAUUCCUUCUCAAAGGUUCAAUUCUGGGUCAGGUUCUACAUUGCCUUUACCACCUAGUAAUAAUACAGUUUCUUCAGCCUCAGCUUCCUUGAGCCAGGGGGGUGGGCAUGAAAGGACUGUGUUUUCACCAUAUUACAUCCCUCCUCCUACACCUCAUCACUUUGCUGAGGAGAUUCAUUCUCGCUCCUCUGAUUGUGUCAAUCAUAAGACCAUGACACGGGAUUCAGAACAGAAAUCCACAGAUAAUGCAAAUUAUCGAAAACCUAAUGCUGAAAGCAGUUCAUUUCGCACACGCUACUUCCCCAACUCAAAGAGCACUCACCCGAAUAGGGCUGGAGAUGAGGAUGAUUUUAUGGUUCCAACGUUUGCUCAGCCAAAAACCAAUACUGAUACCACCAAACAUCAGCAAAAUGUGGGACAGGAAAUGCUUAGUCCGUUUAAUGCAGUUAACAGUACGGGAAGGGUUGUAUCUGGUACUUGUGUUUCUUCAUCACAACUUCAUAAUGCUGGGGAUAAACAUCUGAAACGACCAAAUACUACGGACUUGAGGUCAAGACAAAAUUCUAGAAACCAGGAUGAAGAGAACCUGGCAGAAACUAACACCAGUAGGGACUUUCAGGAGAAGAGUACAUCACAUGCAUCAGCUGGAGAAAGGAUCUCACAUCCCAGGAAGUAUGUGUGUGCAUCAGACUCCAGACAUCAAAAUACUUCAGGUAAUGAUUUUGGAAGAUCAGAGGAUCUUAAUACACAACCACAUCAAGGGCGUUCUGGCGGUGGUGUGGAAGAGGUUAAUGUCUCAAGGAUUAGAAGUGAACCAUGUUCCAGAGCCUCUGUUGGAAACAGUCAUAAAAACUCCAAUGAAUGCGAUGAAGACAAAAUGCACAGUAUAUCACAAGGGAGAGAUGCAGACAGAAAUGAUGAUGUCUCCGAGACUUCUAUUCUGGAUUCUGUAUCGAGUUUGGACAUAUCUCCUGAUGAUGUUGUUGGUGUAAUAGGUCAGAAGCAAUUUUGGAAAGCAAGAAAAGAGAUCGCCAAUCAGCAAAGGGUGUUCUCUGUUCAAGUAUUUGAGUUGCAUAGAUUGAUAAAGGUACAGAAAUUGUUUGCUGGAUCCCCACAUCUGUUGCUUGAGGAAAAUUCUUUUUUAGUCAAGCCUUCUUUUAAGGAAUCACCUGUGAAGAAGCUGCAUCCGAAGUACGUCGUGAAACCUAUUCCAGAAAUCGCACAGCAGAAAGACAAUUCUUCGAGACCUAGCAGGAUUACUGAGUGCUCGGCUGAGAAUGCUGUUGAAAAACCUAAUCUUCCUUCAGUCAACGAUGGGACCGACAGAAGAAAUGGUAGCCAACAUCCAGUUUACGCCCCAUAUUCUGAAAACCCACCGCCAACACCGCCUCCUCCACCUCCUCCUAAUAAUAAUCAGGGUUGGUGCUUCCCACCACCAGGAAAUCAGUGGUUGGUCCCCAUAAUGUCCCCUUCCGAAGGCCUUGUUUACAAGCCCUACUCAGGGCCAUGUCCUCCAGCUGCUGGUUUCAUGACACCGUUUUAUGGCGGUUGUGGUCCUAUGAGCUUACCUCCUAAUGCAGGAGACUACUUAAAUCCAGCUUAUCAAUAUCCAGCUCCACACCCACAACAGAUAGGUCAUCAUCCUGCGGCUCCUGUUCCACCAACUUAUUUUCCUCCUUACGGGAUGCCUGUCAUGAAUUCAGUUAUGUCUGCCUCAGCUGUUGAACAAGUGGGUCCAUCAACUGAACAGUUAUCGACUGGAGAGUUCAAUGCUAACAUGCAAUCUCGAAACUCAUGCAACAUGUCAAGGAACCAAAGAAGUGAAGCAGUUGUCUCUCGUCGUUUACCUAAAUUUCAAGCAUCCAAAGACAGUGAAUUACAAGGGAGUACAGGAAGUAGUCCCGCAGAAAGAGCACAACGAACGGUUGCAACAGGUAACAUUUCUGGAAAGUUGGAUGCUCUUCCACUUUUUCCUACUGCUCCUGCUGCUCAGAAUGUAGAUGUAGUACCACAGCUCAACAACAAUGACAAGCAAUGUUCGCGUGUUAUUAAAGUUGUUCCUCACAAUCCUAGAUCUGCAAAUGAAUCAGCUGCUAGGAUUUUUAGGUCCAUACAAGAAGGAAGACAACAGUUUGAUUCACCGUAGAUGAAUUUUCUUACUCACUAGGUUUAGUAUUUCUGAUGAUAUACUGCUCGCCUCGCCUUGUAUCUUAACUUGACCUUAUAGUUAUCACUAUAUUAUCGAGUGUUUUGAUGUGCCUUUUCUUGUAACUGGGUUUCGCCUUGGCAACCUUGUUGUUUUGUAUGUAAAUAUAUUUCUGGAAGAUAUUUUAAAAAGUUUUCCUCUUGGAACA